AAAGCGAGUAACCCUUCCACUCCAGGCUGUUGUUCCUCUGCACUCCGUGUCCCGGCCCCAAGUCCCUCUCCGCGCUCCCUAACCCGGCCCCAGCCCCGCCCCGGCCCGGCCCGGCCCCGCAGUCAUGGAGCGCUGGCCUUGGCCGUCGGGCGGCGCCUGGCUGCUGGUGGCGGCCCGCGCGCUGCUGCAGCUGCUGCGCUCAGACCUGCGUCUGGGCCGCCCGUUGUUGGCGGCGCUGGCGCUGCUGGCCGCGCUCGACUGGCUGUGCCAGCGCUUGCUGCCCCCGCCGGCGGCACUCGUGGUGCUAGCGGCUGCUGGCUGGAUCGCGUUGUCCCGCCUGGCGCGCCCUCCUCGCCUGCCCGUGGCCACUCGCGCGGUGCUCAUCACCGGUUGUGACACUGGCUUUGGCAAGGAGACAGCCAAGAAACUGGAUGCCAUGGGCUUUACGGUGCUGGCCACUGUGUUGGAUUUGAAUAGCCCUGGUGCCAUAGAACUGCGUGGCUGCUGUUCCCCUCGCCUAAAGCUGCUGCAGAUGGACCUGACCAAGCCCGAAGACAUCAGUCAUGUGCUGGAAUUCACCAAAGCUCACACCACUGGCACUGGCCUGUGGGGUCUGGUUAACAAUGCGGGCUUCAACAGUGUGGUGGCGGAUGUGGAGCUUUCUCCAGUGGCAACUUUCCGCAACUGUAUGGAGGUGAACUUCUUUGGUGCCCUUGAGCUGACCAAGGGCCUCCUGCCACUCCUUCGGCACUCAAGGGGGCGUAUUGUGACCGUUGGCAGCCCAGCAGGAGACAUGCCAUACCCCUGCCUGGCAGCCUAUGGAACCUCCAAGGCAGCUGUAGCACUGCUUAUGGACACAUUCAGCUGUGAACUGCUUCCCUGGGGUAUCAAGGUCAGCAUCAUCCAGCCUGGCUGCUUCAAGACAGAGUCAGUGACUAAUGUGAAUCUCUGGGAGAAGCGCAAGCAACUGCUGCUGGCCAACCUGCCUGGGGAGCUGCUGCAGGCCUACGGGGAGGACUACAUUGAGCACUUGCAUGGGCAGUUCCUGCAUUCGCUCAGGAUGGCGUUGCCUGACCUCAGCCCGGUUGUAGAUGCCAUCAUUGAUGCACUGUUGGCAGCUCGGCCACGCCGCCGCUACUACCCAGGCCGUGGCCUGGGGCUCAUGUAUUUCAUCCACCACUACCUGCCAGAGGGCCUUCGACGCCGCUUCCUGCAGAACUUCUUCAUCAGUCACUGUCUGCCCCGAGCACUGAGGCCUGGCCAACGUGGUCCUGCUCAUGCUGAGGACACCCCCCAGGACCCAAACCCUUCCCCAGUGGCAGCUCGGUGAGCCACAGGCCUCAGUGUUCCAGCAAGAGAGGCUCCAUGAGCCCUUGGCCCUCUCCCCUGGCCAUUACAAACUCCUAGACUCUGUGUUAAGAGAAGCCCAGCUUCCACUGCUGAUGGCUAGUCCAGGCCCGGGAAGCUGAGUUUGCUAGUGAGCCUCUGGACCUCUCCUCUGCUUCAUGAGCCCACACAUCCCCUACCGGGUAAAAUCUGCACACUGCAGCUUGGGGAACCCAGAUGGAUAGAGGGUUUAGUGUAAGAUUUGGCUAUAGCCUUUGCUAGGACUCUACAGACCAUUUCUGUGCAAAUGUAAGAAUGAUUAGGCAGGUGGAGACCUCCUCAGGAUUCUUUGGGCACCAGUGCCUCAGUGCUGCAAAUCUAGGGUAAAUCCCAACUGCCUCUUGACUGGCUCAAGAUUGAAGUCCCCAACUACCUGCUCCCAGCCACAGAGAAGCUACAGAUUGAACUUGCCUGCUUGUUGACAUUUUAAAAUAAAGAUACAUUUUUUAUUUCUCCUAGAA